AUUCAGUAGGAACUUAAAACAGAUUAAGUUGUCAAUUCUGCAUAAAACUCUCCCAACAAUUUUUCAUUGGCUCGUGUAAAAUAGUAUUCAUCACGACAUCAUCUAUACAAAUCUCCAUCUAACAUUUACCAUAACUUGUGCACCAUGAGAAGCAUAAAUCUCAACCUUUCCUUCGAAUUUCCCGCCCCUUCCUCCGAACUGCCUAAACAUAUUGCAAAGGCUCUCGAACCCCUGGAAGGCACCCUCCUGGAGAAUAAGACGUUACGUUUCUUCAAACCGAAAAAUUUCCGAGAUCCCGCCACCCUCGUGAAGGAAGUAGUGGCAAAAGAGGCUGCAAAACUGGGGGCAUGGUUAGACGAUGGAUUUAACUCCAUGCUUUCCCCCGGAUAUGCGGCCAUGCUGGCAAAACAGGUUAUGACCGGGAUUCCCUGGGUACUGCCCGACUACGACGUGACGGAUCCCAUUAUGACCUGCGUUACCCGACUUACCGCGGUCAAUCUCCUUGUGGACGACCUUUGUGACAUGGAUGGCAAAAAUUUUCAGGAGGAAUUCAGACCUUCGAAGGCUAAAAUUGAUCAGAUUAAGACCACGUCGCUCGCUUUGAUGAAAAUGGCCGUAGAGUUCGAUCUCUUCAUGACCGAAUCUUUGGAUGACGAGUUGGAUCCACUAAUCAAAACCUACUUUGUUCUCGUAUUAAAAAAUUUCGGGAAUUUAGGAUUUGCAAAUACUGAAGACAUUGCGAAAGUUGCGUACAACCUUAUGCGUGCCAUGAUAUCUACAGGUUCCGCGAAUGAUUGGUUAUGCCGACACGCUAAUGUCGAUAUCAAAUCAAAGUACUCGAUCGAUUUUGUUCGACAUUUUCGAUCCGCGGAUACCGAGGGACCAGCUCUAAUCCACGUACUUCAUGAUCCUCGUUUCGGACCAUUGUCGGAUGCCAUUAUGUCAUCGGAACAAGUCAAGGCAUACCUCAAUCUCAGCUACGACAUUUCCGCAGGGUUAAAUGAUACCCUGGGCUUUCGCAAGGAUAUCGUCAAAGGUGAAUCGGGUGGCAUGAUUAUGCUCCGAAUUUCGUGGGGAGAAGAUCCCAUCCGUGUGUUUGACGAUGAAUGGCGAAUUCUUCAGAAAAACAUUGACAACUAUUUACUCCUGCGGGAAGAAUUAUUAAACAAUUUUCAAGAAAUGGAAAAUUUUGUGAACACGAUGGACACUUACAUUCACGGAUACGUGCAAGCAUUAAAUAAUUCGUCGAGAUACUUGAUGAAUGGCGGAAUUAGCGUGGACGACCAGGAUAACUAAUAUUUGGCGGUGGAUAUAAAUUUAUUAGGUGUAAAUGCAUUAUUCAAUUGGUCAUGAUUUUAAGACUGUAAAUGUAUUUAUUGAUGUAUGUUCAAGACUACGUUUGUCCCAAAAUGCAUCCAAAAUUUCAAUAGCCUAAUAAAACCUGUUUAUAGACUCAUAUUUUAAAUUUUUAGUCCAAAUUCUUCGACUUUUAUACAGGUAAAUGUGUACUUAAGUACGUUUGUAAGCAUAUUUAGUAAUAUGUACAAAAACUUAUAUCAUCUCCAAACUAACAAAAUGAUGGGCGGAAGUAUGAAGAUGAACAUAUCUAAUAAGCGAAAAUUAAUUUACAGAAUGACCAAUACAAUUAAAUUUGGUUAUUUGAUAGCCAGCAUAAUCACUGUGUCAACAUAUGUAUACACAUGUAUACUUACGUAUUUUUGUCCUAACUAUAAACAUAAUUGAUUUAAAAUACUGUAACAAGUACAGAUAUUUAACUUCAUUUACUUACAUACCAAAUUUACUUAAUGAAAGUUAUGUUAUUUUAAAAAAUGUAAAAAUAAAGCAAUUAUUCAUUCGAUUA